CUAUUAUUCUAUUAUUAUUAUUCUAAUAAUAUUCUAUUUAUUCAGUGUUCCGGUUUCAACACCUUUUAGCUUCUUGUCCUGCCCUGUGAAGUACUUAUUACACCCCUAAGCUUAUUUGGAUAAUUUGGUGUACAUCAGAAAGGGACACACUCAUUAACAAACAAUAAAUCUUUUAGAUGAUCUUUUUUGUUUUUUGUUUUUUUGUUUAAAGGUUUAACAUGCUUAACCUCAUUUCAGUAGACAUGUCUUCAUGCUCAGCUGCUGUAACCUGACUGCAGAUCUUUUAUUUCUAUAAAAUCAUUUGGGAUUGGCUAAAACAGUUCAGCUGACAUUCCUUCACAUUCCUGCGAUUCGGAGCGUUGUCUGGUCUCCAGGCGUUCUCACUUUAGAAUAUGGGCCACGUGUUCUUAUGAGACGAGAACAGAUUUAGGUGAAAUGAAUGCCACCCCAGUUUUCUCUCACUGCACUGAAGAGAGAGGCAGCACAUAUGUGAGGUUGAGAGAUGGUAUUAGUCCUGCUCCUUAUGCACUGCACAUUUGCAUAUUUUCCUGCUCUGACACACUCAUGUGACCUUCGUGAAAGGUUUCCUAAUAACAUGAUGACUUUAAUGAACUGUUAGAGCGAAAGUAAUGCCAACAUGUGCAGUCCUGAAAUCAUUCAGCAACAGGAAACACUGAUUUAUAUACAAAUAUAAAUAUAUAUCCUACAUUUUGACCUGCCGUUGCGUCAUGUCAGGUGAUGUUACACUUUUUGGGCAGAAAUAAUGAAUAAGGUGAUCUUUAUAGACUAAAAUAAUGAAUACAGGUAUAUUUACUGGUAUUUAGAGUGGGUAGUAGGAUUAAUAGGAUGAGCAUGAGCCAGUUUCACAAAACCCCGCCUCUGAGUCACAAACACGCUCCUGAUUGGGGGAUGUGAAUUCUAAGCGAGUCCUGCGAUUGGUUGACUCGGUUUCCCAUGGCGACAUACAUUGACAGCGCGAGCCGCAUUUGGACGCUAUGUUUUUUUUUUACGCUUAGCUUAGCAUAACAUGUAUUAGCUAUAGAGUGGACAGCGAAGUCUGUAGGGUUUUUUCAGUUGGUGUAAUUUCAUGUAGACAUUCGAAGCUAACUACAACGUGAGUAGGGCUUGUGGAAGAUCCCGCCCCUGCACACGAUUGGCUAACAGCACCCCGCUAUUCUUGUUACGAUUGGCUGGUGGUUUUAAUGUCGCGCGCGAGCUGAGCGCUGAUUGGACAGAAUCUAUUCGCUUGAGGAUUUGUCGGAAAACGAGGGUUGAAAGAAAAAUAACGCCAGCUCCUGGGUUUAAGAACAAUCGUUCUGAUCACUUCAGCUUACAGGAAGUGAAGCUGGCCAACAUGGACGAGCAGAGCGUCGAGAGUAUAGCGGAGGUGUUUCGCUGCUUCAUUUGUAUGGAGAAGCUGCGGGAUGCUCGUCUCUGCCCCCACUGCUCCAAACUCUGCUGCUUCAGCUGUAUACGGCGCUGGCUGACGGAGCAGAGGGCACAGUGUCCACACUGCCGGGCUCCGUUACAGCUGCGGGAGCUGGUGAACUGUCGCUGGGCCGAGGAGGUCACGCAGCAGCUGGACACACUGCAGCUCUGUAAUCUCUCCAAACACGAGGAGAACGACAAAGACAAAUGUGAAAACCACCAUGAGAAGCUGAGUGUGUUCUGCUGGACUUGUAAGAAAUGCAUCUGUCAUCAGUGUGCACUGUGGGGAGGCAUGCACGGAGGACACACGUUUAAGCCACUUGCUGAGAUUUACGAGCAGCACGUCAACAAGGUCAACGAGGAGGUGGCUAAACUCAGACGCCGGCUCAUGGAGCUCAUCAGCCUGGUCCAGGAAGUGGAGAAGAAUGUGGAGGCGGUGCGAGGGGCGAAGGACGAGCGAGUGCGAGAGAUCAGGAACGCUGUUGAGAUGAUGAUUGCACGGUUGGACAAUCAGCUCAAGAACAAACUCAUCACACUCAUGGGCCAGAAGACGUCCCUCACGCAGGAGACGGAGCUGCUCGAGUCUCUGCUGCAGGAAGUGGAGCAUCAGCUGCGCUCGUGCAGUAAGAGUGAGCUGAUAUUGAAGAGCCCGGAGAUCCUGCUCAUGUUCCAGCAGGUCCACAGGAAGCCCAUGCAGUCCUUUGUCACCACACCUGUACCACCUGACUUCACCAGUGAGCUGGUCCCUGCUUACGACUCGAGCACUUUUGUUCUGGCAAACUUCAGUACACUGAGACAGAGAGCGGACCCCGUGUACAGCCCUCCUCUCCAGGUGUCGGGACUGUGCUGGAGGCUGAAGGUUUACCCUGACGGGAACGGCGUCGUGCGGGGAAAUUACCUGUCCGUUUUCCUGGAGCUGUCGGCCGGCCUGCCCGAGACCUCCAAGUAUGAGUACCGCGUUGAGAUGGUGCACCAGGCUUCCAACGACCCGACCAAGAACAUCAUCCGAGAGUUCGCGUCGGACUUUGAGGUGGGCGAGUGUUGGGGCUACAACCGCUUCUUCAGACUGGAUCUGCUCGCUAGCGAGGGUUACCUCAACAUGCAGACCGACACGCUCAUCCUGAGGUAUCAGGUGCGGUCUCCCACCUUCUUCCAGAAGUGCCGUGAUCAGUACUGGUACAUCAGCCAGCUGGAGGCGGCGCAGUCCAGCUACAUCCAAGAUAUCAACACCCUGAAGGAGAGGAUGGACAUUCAGCAUUAUCGGCGGCAGAAUUCUCGCAGCUCGUCCCCUCCGGAUCACCGCAUGUGCCCUCCCACGUCCACCACCGGCGCCGCCGCCCCGUCGGGCCGAGACUCCCGCCCCGGGAAGAUCGCUACAAUGGAGGAUGGGUUGCUGGUGAACGGAGACCAGACAAAAGAGGAGGAGGAAGAGGAGGAAGAGGAAAAGACGCAGCAUGAGGACUCGAACGAGCUGUCUGACGGUGACCUGGAGGUGGACUGUCUGACCGGAGACGAGGACGUGAACCCUCUGGACGGCAGCAGCACGUCCGGCAGCUCCACGGCCACCAGCAACACGGAGGAGAACGACAUCGACGAGGAGAACAUGUCCGGAGAGAAUGACGUGGAGUACAGCGGAAACUUGGACCUGGAGGAAGGAGAAAUUCCUGAUGAUGUUAUUGGAGCCACAGGUGAUCACCUCUAUAUUCCUCAGCACAGUUUGGCAUCACUCUGGAACUCAGGAAGGGGGUGGGGCCUAAAGUCUGAAGGAGGCUCCAGCGCAGGAAUCCGGGGUUCGAGGAGGAGCGCGGCAGGAGCCACGGCCAGUCUGCUGGAGAUCGACCCGGUCAUCCUGAUCCAGCUCCUGGACCUGAAAGAGCACAGCCAUGUGGAGUCUCUUUGGGGAAUCCAGCCCCGGCCGCCGGCCUCGCUGAUCCCCAGCCAAGCGGCCUUGGUUUCGGCCCGUAAAGAGCGAGAGCGUCGUUCUCAGGCUGUGCGCCGCUCUGCCCCGGACUCGGCCGUCCUGACCCGACUCAAGGCCCAGAUGGCAGAGGUUCGCAGCAAGAUGGCAGAUGUGAAGGGGCAGCUGGAGGCCCGUGCCGGCGUCUCUGAUGCUCGUGUCACUCCUCUGUGCUCGGUUCUGGAUCACAAUGCCUCGACCGACCCGGAAACAGCAGCAAGACGCAAACCACGAGAACUGGACCUGCUGUUUAAAGCUCCCGGGACGAACAGACACGGCCGGCACGGUGGCAAGAAAGCUGUCUCUCCCAAGCAGGAAGUGGGAGGAGCGGUGGGAGGAGUCUCUCUGCGCCGGCGUGGCGAUGCUGUUGAGAAAGAGCUGAGAGGAGCAGCAGGAGACGCUCUCGAACCAUCAUUGUGCCCUAGAGAGGGCCCCUCCGCUGCAGAGAGUCAGUGUUCGGUGAAAGCUCAGAGUGCACGCGCGUCCCCUCCGUCUGUCCCCAGUUCCUCUGAGAACCGGCCCAAACUGGACGAGUCUCUGUACGGAGCCGCGGGGAGCGACGUUUUUGACUUGCCUGUCCUGAGCACCGCGCCUCCUGCAGGCAGCAAACAGCGCAGGACCACCUGCAGCACUGCUGCGCUGCUGACCGAUACAUCGUUAGAUUUCGAGCAUGACUGCUCCGGAGACAUCCACCAAUCACUGCUGAGUCUCACAGAGCCGCCAUCUUCCUCCUCAUGCCCUGAAGAAGGGUUGCCGUGUCAGAAGCCGUCUACGCACCUGUUGCCAGGUAUGAGCAGUGACAGUGAGGUGGAGUGUGAUACCGAGUAUGAAAAUGAGGACGAGGCUGGAGUUCUGGAGGAUGGAGAAGUUCUCUCACUGCCCUGCUCAGAAGAGCAGCUGAUGCCAGAUGAUCUGAGCUUUGUGACCGGGGAUGCCACUGAGAGGUGAUCAGCAGACUCCAGACCAAAUGAGAGGGUGUGUCGUUGUGUGUGUGUGUGUGUGUGUGUGUGUGUGUGUGUGUGGGCGUGUCGUGUAAAGUUACAACAUUUGCAUAAGGAUACAGUAUUUAGAAAUGGAAAACUUAUAUAUUACAGAGAUGUGCAUUCCGUUAUGUGACCAAGGCGCGUGUGUGUGUGUGCGCGCGUGUGCGCACGCAUGUUUUUUUUUUCUGGAUAUAGCUGUUUAGCUUGAGAAAGAAAGGUCAAUAUGAAUAUUUAAUUAAGGACUAUAAUACUGAUUCUAAACCACUGUAUGUUUUUUGCACGUUUAAAACGACUGAAGUUUAUUAGAUGGCAUUUUUUUUUUCAAGAGGUAAAUUGACACAUGAUAAAAGCUUAAAGGAGCAUUUUGGCCAAAAAAAACUAAAUGUACACCCUGUCCCAUUCCAAAUAUAGUCUCCACCUACCAGACUUUAAGCCACGCCCCCUCGAUGAGUAUGUGAUUGUAAUUUGCUCUUUAUGUGUGUCAUACAGCAGGACGUUUAAUGUUAAAUUAAUCGAUCGUCUUGAACAUUUAAUCCAAGGCUGAAUUUGUUCCUGAGUGAAUUUAAGGUCUGAGGAUUUUGGCACAAUCAGUAAAAGCUGCUGCUCUUCUUCUUGUCAUCCCUAUUUAUAUUUUUGAUUAUUUUCCAGUUAGAGAUGAAUUUUAAUGCCAGUUGGACAUUAUGAACACUACUCCCUGUGAUGAUUUCCUCUAAAGCGUGCUCUUAUUUCCUAAACUGGGAGAUGGGAAGUGUUUCUUUUGUGCACGGCGUCCUCCUCCAGCAGGGGGGGCUUUCCCAAGAGAGCAUGUUUUAAACACACAUACACACACCGGUACGUGCUGAUGCUGUUACCCUGUUAUCGUUUGUACGCCAUGUUUAAGACCUUAAAUACCCCUCACCAGUGUCUCAUAUGAGAUUCACCUUCGUCACUUGGAGGCAGAUGUUUAUCUGACUCUCUACACAUUUCUUUAAGAAGGUGCUUGUCUUUUAAAAAAAAAACGUUCACAAUGACAAUAUUAUGUGUAAAAUAUCAUGGUGUAUCGUAUUACCGAUUAUCAGCACGUACCUGGUUCCACAGUUCACGCUCUCACAUUCGGUUCAUUUUUUAUUUUAGGUCUUUUUUUUUUUUCAUUUUGGUUGUCUGUACACUGCAAUGUUUUCUUUCUAUGUCCUAAUAAAUACUUUAUGUAAAAGGUUGCAUUUUGUGUGUGUGUGUGUGUGUGUGCAUGUUUAUUUCCUUUUUAGAUUUUAACAUCUGUUUUUUUUUUCACUCUAAUCUUCCCCCGUUCACUCCAAACUCACUUAGACUUAAAAUAAUCAGACGGUGCUAAUAAAUGUUUGUGACACACACGUUUUCUUUCUUUAUUUUUAGUUCUAAAGGUUUCAGAGAAGGAACUACUUUUUCAGAAGGAAGGAUUUGUACUUGUGUGUCUGUGAUGGUGUAUUAGAUACCACAGAAAACCUCCAGGAACUACUUUUUACUGCAUCGCUCCAAAGCUUAUAAGAACAGAUUUAAGAAUUAUUCCUCCCGUCUGAGACACUUUGUGUUGAAUUUAUGUUUUAUCUUUGUAUUAUUCUGUAGUUUAUUAAGAAAAAAACGAAGUAAAAUAAUAACAAUAAUAGGGUCUCCAGCGUCGAGCCUUGAAGGACACCAUGUGAUAAUUCUGCCUUUAUAAGUUUGUUUGGAGUAAACUGGAUUUCUGUUCUUUUUUUAGUACAGGGAAAUGAGUUUACAUUCAUAAUCUAUCUCUCUCUCUCUCACACACACAUACACUCACUACAGAUACAGUGCAGAGAGAUUAGAGUGGAAAAACACUAAACUUGAUUGCACUGUGCUUGCUUUUCUCUCUUUAUGGCUAUUUGCCUGCGUCUACAGCUCCACGUUGUAGGUUUUCUUGCGUUACUUUGCUUGUGUGCAUGUACAUUUUCACUGUCGUGGUGUUUCUAAUCUGAGCCUGAACAGAACCCCUGACCCAUUCCCAUAAGUGGAGUACAGUACGUGUGUCCUGAUUACACCUGCACUUCUCUCUUCUCUCAAACUCUUUCUGCAGUUACGUUUCCUUUAUAAAGGGCACGUCUCAAUCCGGAGAUGUUUGCCUUGUGUGCGCUCCGCUGCGAGCUCGUGUCUUUGCCACAAACACUGCUGAUGUAAAUGAUGUAUU